AUGAUCUCCAAAACGCAGAAGCGCUCUCGUGCAACAGUAGAGGACGAGCGCGCUGACUGCCCCUUCGAACUUCACGUUGCUUCGUUCCCUGCAGCACGUACCGGGAAGAAUGGAAGGCCAUCGAAGAAAAGGGGUAAGCCUGUCAAGAAGAACGAGAAUACGACCACCAAGACGAAUUCACUGUUUCAACCCCCACUGUUUGCGCCUACUGGCAAAUUCCGCUCCGACGCGACAAUGGGCGUCUACUACCACAUCGAGCCACGACAGGAGUGGACUAGCAUGACACGAUACCAUAGCUUCAUUCUAAAUAGUGAGAAAUAUCUAACUGGUGAAUUUGUCUUUGUGGCCAAUGAAAAUUGUAUAGCGCGAGGUAAACUAGGGGAAGAUCUGAAUGCGCAAGUUGGUCUCUGCAAUGUCUGGGUCGCACAGGUACUCGAAGUUCGCGCCCUGGACGAGCGCCAUGUUUAUGCACGCGUCUGCUGGAUGUACUCCCCCGAUGAGCUGCCUGCAGGACGUCGGCCGUACUACGGCAAGAACGAAAUCAUUGCCUCGAAUCACAUGGAUAUCAUCAAUGUUUUGAGCAUAGUCCACCAUGCUAAAGUCAGCCAAUGGAUCGAGGCGGACGACGAAGAAAUCCCGGAUGGCUUGUAUUGGCGCCAGGCGUUCGACUGUGGCACAUCUUUUUCUUGUCCCACGUAA